UUAAAGCUCAAAAAGUCAGUAGAUAAAAAUAAGGGCUCUUAAUUAUGGAAAUUAUGGAAUAGAUCUCAGAGUGGAUCAAAGAAUAUGGUUGAAUAUUAAAUUAUCAAUUGUGUAUGUUUCGAACUCACAUGGAUUAUUUUUAUGUUUCGAACUGCCAUCGAACUCACAAGGGUUAUUUUUAAUUUACCCAAACUAAUUAUAAAGGCAGACAUAUCAAAUACGUUCUUAAACACAAGCAGUAAUAAAAAUAACGUUUCUCUCUUGACCGUUUUAUGUGGGCGAGACUUAUAGAGAGGAGAACCUUAAAUGUAAUGCAAUAAUACCAAUUAUUUAUUACUCUCCGUUCCUAUGCUGCCUUUACAGAACCAUUUUCUUUAAUUUUAAUAUAAAUAACAAACACUGUUUGAGAUUCGUAUCAAUUCACAACUAAACUCCAUUACAACAUCAUACAAAGUACCAAAGUACAAUACCAGAAAAAAUGUUCAAAUUUAUAUUCACCCUCUGUUUCAUGGCUGCUUUCAUAGCCAUCAAUUGUGUGGCCGGAGACAACAGUGGUCAAUACAAUCAUGGCCUCUUCAACAAGGGACUCUACAAUCAUGGACUCUUCAACAAGGGACUCUACAAUCAUGGCUUGUACAAUAAGGGUAUCUACAAUCAUGGUCUCUAUAACAAAGGACUCUACAAUCAUGGUCUCUUUAACAAGGGGCUGUAUAAUCACGGCCUCUAUAAUAAAGGACUCUACAAUCAUGGUCUCUACAACAAAGGACUCUAUCAUGGAGAAAAUUUAUAAAACCAUAUGUGUACAAAUAUAGAUUUAAUAAAUUCGAAAUA